CUGGCGCGCCGCGCGCCGGCCGUGUCCCCGUGGCCAUGCUGUGCCGCGCGCUGCUCCGCCGCGCCGCCGCCGCGCCCGCCCGUCUGUCCUCAGCGCUUCCCCUGCAGCAUCUCUUGGACAGCUACCAGUGCAGCCGAGAAGAUGACUACCUGUCUUAUGGGGAAACGGGAAUGCCGGUCCCUCCUUUCGGCUGCACCUUUUCUACAGCCCCGAAUUUGGAGCACAUCCUGGCAGUUGCAAAUGAAGAAGGGUUUGUUAGACUGUAUGACACUGAAGCACAGACCACCAGCAAGCUCAUCUUUAGAGAAUGGCAGGCUCACUCAAACGCUGUAUUUGACCUUGCCUGGGUGCCAGGGGAACACAGGAUUGUCACUGCUUCAGGAGAUCAGACAGCCAAGGUGUGGGAUGUGAGAGCUGGCGAGCUUCUUGGUAUAUGCAAAGGUCAUCAGUGUAGCCUCAAGUCAGUUGCUUUUUCUAGAUUUGAGAAAGCUGUUUUCUGUACUGGAGGGAGAGAUGGAAACAUCAUGGUUUGGGAUACCAGGUGCAACAAGAAAGAUGGCUUUUACAGGCAGGUGAACCAAAUCACUGGAGCACACAAUGUGGUUGACAAGCAGACUCCUUCCAAACCGAAGAAGAAGAGGCAGAACCUGAGAGGACUUGCUCCCUUGGUGGAUUUCCAGCAGAGUGUAACUGUGGUUCUGCUUCAGGAUGAGCAUACUCUUAUCUCUGCAGGAGCUGUUGAUGGCGUGAUCAAGGUGUGGGACUUGCGCAGGAACUACACCGCUCUCCGUCAGGAGCCGCUGCCCGCCAGGUCCUUCUGCUACCCUGGGAGCAGCACUCGCAGGCUGGGGUAUUCUAGCCUGGUUUUGGAUUCCACUGGUGCUAAUCUGUUUGCUAACUGCACUGAUGACAGUAUCUACAUGUUCAAUAUGACAAGUUUAAGGACCACUCCAGUGGCUGUUUUCAGUGGACACCAAAAUUCAACCUUUUACAUCAAAUCCAGCACCAGCCCAGAUGACCAGUUCCUGGUCAGUGGCUCGAGCGACUGCAAUGCGUACAUCUGGAAGGUUUGUGAGCCCAGCCUUCCUCCACGGAUACUCCUUGGUCACUCUCAGGAAGUUACCUCCAUUGCUUGGUGUCCUUCAGACUUCACUAAGAUUGCCACAUGCUCUGAUGACAACACUGUGAGGAUUUGGCGCUUACAACGUUGUCCUGAGGAAGAGAAAUCGGUAUCCAGAAAAGCCAACUUGGUGGGCUGGGUCACCCAGAAGAAACCACAAGAACUACAUGGAGCAGGGCCACCAGCCAGCCCACAGAGCACUCCUGCCAAGGCCCUGGCAGCGGGCAGUGCGUGCAUUUCCUCCCCACGCCCCGCUGCCUGUGCUCCCGCUCACUCCGGAGACCUUCCGCUGUCCACCAGCACUCCCACGGUCGCUCUCAAAGCCACCACAGCCUCCACCCCAGCCAAGCCACCUGGAGCCAGCCCCUGUGCAUCUCCCAGUCUGAUCCCUUCCUCCAAAAUGUCCAUCAAACACUGGGUUACAAGGACUCCGUGCUCUUCUCCUCCACAAGUAGAGAAAAAGGCUCCUUCUCCCAGAAAAGCCCUGGCAGAAGUCACUCAAGUCACCCAGGGUCUCCUGGAAGCUGCUUGCCCUCCUCAAGUCCCACACUCUCAGUUGGAAAAGCGUGCCAAGAGAAGGCUUGACUGCAGCAAGGAGGCUGAUACGGAGCAGAAGUGUCUGCAGGCCUGUAGCUGUGUGACUGAGCUGGACCAUGCAACUAAGAAAUCCAAGCUAAAUUUAUGUCACUUGGUUCCAGACCAGAAAGCCUCUGAUGAAGACUCUCUCCGCCUGGCUGACUUGUGUAACGACCCUGAAGGCUCCAGCCACAGCCCAAAAGAGCCUUCCCUUUCUGGUAGCCAUAGUAAUCCAUCAAGCAAUCAAACCUCCCCCCAUCUUUUCAGAUCUCUGUGUGGGAAAGACACUGAGGUGGUAGAUAAGGAGAACAGUUCUCCUGAAAGAAAGAAUUGGUUGUCUGCUCUGGGAGAGAAGCUACGGACUGGCAGACCUGGCAGCCAGGGCACCUCAACCAGCCCCCUGUCUCCCUGCAGCCCUGGUGCCAAAAGACAGGAGUCUGUGGCAGUGGCCACUUCUCCAAAAACUGCUGCAGCCACUUCAGUUUCCAUGAGGAAGAUCUGCACAUACUUCCACAGAAAGCCACAGGAGGACUGAAACAGUGUGCGGCGGUUGCACCUGAGAGAUGUGGACACCGAGGUAUCAAGACCAGACUUAACAAUGCUGACAACAAUGCACCAGGAUUACACAAUUUGUUGUCAGGCCUUCCUAGACUUGAGGUUUUAGUCUUCCUGUUUUUAAAGCUGUUAGCAGUUGAAGUGAGCUGAGUGUAUAAAAUCUACACAAUACUUACUCACGGUCUCUUUCUGACUUAGGGUAUUUUUUUAUAAACAAAGUAUUUUUUACAUGGCAACUGUUCUAGUCCAAACACAGCCACAGCUCUGCUGUGUAUUGUUGACAGGCACAUAUAGCUUGUCAGUUUAUGUUACUAAUCUGCUGUUCAAACUGCCUCUACUUGAGUAGUGUGUAAAUCACUACACCCUCCUGAAAAGUAAGUGUUGGAAUGUGUGUACAGAAAUUUACUGGAGGUACAUCUGAGCCUCUUCAUGCUGAAUGGCAUUUCUACAGUUAUUCCUCUAGUACUGCAAUGUCUGCCUGCUUCCAGCAGGAAGUUAGCAAUGCAUUAAUUAAAUAUAAAAAAUUUAAAUAGCCCACAUCCAUCUGAUGGUGACUAUGGUAUAAGAAGAGAAAGUUUAAUCAAGUACAUAAUGCCUGUACUCCUCUUGCCAUCCCCUUUCUUCUCCCACCCUGGAAACUACUGUAUUUACCUACUUAGCUGCAUCUUGAAUCAUUAGCACUGCAGCUUUCAAGACCAAAAGAUUAUCACUUCUCUGAAAUAAAAUGCUGGCAAUGUGUGUUCAAAGAAUUGACUUGAUAUAUCCUAAAUAGGCAUCCCAGAACAUUCCAUUGCUGUCAGCUCUUACAGGUUCUGCCUGUAAAAAAGGCAUUAAUAACUGCUUAACAUGCCUUUGUAACAGUUUUAUAAUGCAGUAGUUACAAAAUAAUACCUUGUAAAUUGUGGGAGAGGCAACUGACCACAUUUUCGAAAGCACUUCAGAGCAUUUACUUAUUAAUAUUAAAUGCUUUGCCAUUGUAAAUUGUCCCCAGUGCUGAUAGAACAAGCCCACUGAAAUGAGAUCACUGUCCUGCUGGCUAAUGACACUAUUCCUCAGCCAUGCUUUCCCCAGGAUCUUCUAGUAAAAGUAGGAUCUUCUAGUAGAAGAUCCCUAUCUUAUGCUGGAACCUUUACUCUGUUUUCUGCUGUAAUAGUUCCCAUGAACUUCUAAACCAAUCAAGCCCUUUGAAUCCCUUUAUGUUUUUCCACUGCAGAAGAAUUGAGGGGAUAUGAUCCCACUAACUUAUGUUUUCUAUCUUAAAUUUUAAUCCCUACUUUACAGUAACAUCAGAAAGUAUAGUAGCUGAAAGAGAUCAGAAGGAAACAAGCUGGUUCGGAUCUUAUGUGGUAGAUUGUAUUUUGCAAGGAAAUAAAUUACUUGAGAGAAAAUGGCUUUUGUGAAAGAUCUGUUAUAGCAACAAAGCAAAAGGAAAUGUGUAGUGUGCUUUUUUUAAGAAAAAAAAGAAAAGUAGUUACUAUCAUGUUGUGUCUUUUAGCAGAAGCUCUUGGGUACAGAUAGGGGCCAGGACAGCUUUCCCUUGUUUGCUGAAUUACAGGCCAUCAUCCUAUUAAUGCUUCAGGUGCAUUCUUAUAAUUCUGGUUAAAAAAAGGAUUUUUAAAAAGUGACUAUCUGAAUAGAUCUAGUAUCUUAGGCCCAACAGGAAUAUUAAAGAAAAUCUGCUGGUUUAAUUUUAACCUACUUCUGGAUAUUGAAGUAGAUGGUAGAAGUAGAAACAUAACCUAAAAUAAGUAGGUUUGGGAUUUUUUUCUGUCUUAAUUAUUAUAGCAACUUUGUGGGGUACAGCCUGCCUUGCCUCAGGAUUUUCAUUCAGGAUUUUUCCAUGCAGUUUGUAAAAAACAUUGCAGAAUAAAGAGAUAUGAACCUUACGAAGUACAUGAGAGUUGUCAGAAACUUCAGCGAUAGGAUUUUGUGUUUCUCCAUUCUUUCACAGCAUUUUCCUCUUCCAGAAAUGUUCUGCAGCCAAACCAUUAUCUCCUGUAUCUUGUAAAUGUCUGCCUAGAGAUGAUAUACACUAAUGGCUUACCACUUGAAUGAAUAAUAUUCUGUGGACAUUUGAGAUUUUCCUCUUUCAGACAAUACUUGUUUAGUGAAACAACUUGUUUUAUGGAGCACCAUGCAUUUAUUUUUUCAUCUGAAGCUGGUGUCAAUCUGAUUCAGAGUCUAGGACAAUUAGCUGAAACAUGUUUUUCUAUGUCCAACUGCCCUGACCUUAUUGUAAUAAAAUCAAAAUUGCAAAAGCAUGGAAAAAUUGCUGAUACAAAUUGUAUGUCAGGUGGUUCAAGGUAACCAGUGUUGUCUUUACCUGAGAAACUUGAUAAAAUAAGCAGAAUACUGCUUUCAAUUGUUUUGGGCCACCAAACUAUACCUCCAAAUUUUCUUUCAUUCUAAAGGAUUUGCAUAAACUCUGACCUCCAUGUUUUAUAAUCAAAUUAAGCCUUUUGAGGUACUAUUCCCAAAUCCUAUAUAUGUAUGAAAAUCCCACCUUCAGUAUCUUACAGGCUUUUCCAGGCAGUUGAUAAUGAUUCUUGAUGUCUUGUCUCUGUCCUCAGUGUUGACCCUCUGACUGCCAAGUGGGAUUUGGGAUUGACCACAGUUUCUGAUGGUGCUAUGUCCAACAGCUGCUGCUCUGUUGGAAGUUGUGCCUCUCCCUGCUCAGCUCUGAGCAGCCAACCAGUUUGGAUUUAGGGCAGCUUGACAGUGACUGGGGCUAACCCUGCUGUACAGAACUGAGCAGGCACUCCCAGGAUCUGUACAGAUGCAUGGUCAGCAAGCCUGGGCAAGCACUGCUGCUAAGAAC